AGCACUCACUCACUCACUCCUACCAGCAGCAGCAUCGAGCCACCGCCGUGUCACCUCCGCCGUGUCACCUCCGCCAUAGCAACUGAUCGAAACCGCCUUCCCCACUACUGCCUCUCCACCACUGCUCAAAGCCACCGUCCACUUGCUCCCGUCGCUCCGUCACUCUCGUCCACUGUCGUCUCCAUCACUUCGUCACUUGCUCUCAUCUCGCAUCGUUCCUCCGUCGCAAAAAGCCGCUUUUCCGCCGCGCCAGUUCUGUUCCACCAAGCUCCAACCCUUCUCUGCUCCAGCCAUCCGGUUCUCCCUCACCUCUGUGCUCUAGAAGGGUUUCUUUCGCUUGUGCCUUUGCCUUCUGCAUCUGCUUCUCCUUUUGGAAGCACCAGCUUCUUUACUAGAGUCAGAUACGCAUAUACCAUCUUACCGAGAAGGAGAAAGACUGUGAAAUUAAAGCCGCCGAAAUCAGGGACCAUCCAGUGUCCUAAACGGGAUCAGCUCGAACAUCAUCAAGUUAAUCUGGAUAAGGAUGUUUCUCCUUCAGCAUCGUCUCAUUCGUUUGCAAUUCAUUCUUAAAGAAGCACCGCUGAACAACAUGUUAAUCUUCUUCCUUUUAUUUUCCAAACAAGAAUUAAUUUCGUUAUGGGUAGCUCAAGGCCUCUUUACCACUUCUUCUAGAGGGGUGGAGGAUCAAGUAUUUGAUUCAUUGUAAUCUGUUCAAGUUGUUGCUUUCAGGUUAGAUCCAUCUUGUGGAUUCUUUGCCCACUUUCCUGUAUAAAAUCAACCAGUCCAAAUUAACGUUUUCUGUAGAAUAUAUGCCAGAGUCUUUGAUGUCCCCGAUGUUAAGCAUUUGUUUAUAGAUGCUGAAAGCAUCAAACAUGUUGAUUUUGAGUCAUCGGAAAUAUUUCGAAAUCUAGAAACACGUUGGCUAUUCCCACACACCUGGAUUUUAUGUUGAUCAAGUCCCGUAUGAUCUUUUUUGAGGCUUAAGCACUUGAGGGCAUUAAAUUUCGGUAGAAGUCAUAUUUCAAGACUGCCUAGUUCUUUUGGAAACUUGGAGUUGCUUCGAAAGAUUGUCUGAUUGUCUGAUUCAAUUGAUAGUCUUUCUCAUUUGAGGAAUUGUUUUAAGUUAGAUGUGUUGUCCAAAGAGAUUAGAAAGUUCACCAGUUUGACCCAUCUUAUUUUUGACAUUAUUAGACAAUUGUAUUUAAGGAUAGAUAACUUGAUUAAUUUUCAGAUUUUAUCCAAAUUCAUUGUUGGUAAGGAUGAUGGUUGUUGGAUUGUAGAACUGAAGGAUUUGGUUGAUCUGACUGGAUCAUUAUCUAUUUUUUAAGAAUGGAAAAUUUUUAGAAUUUUGAGGAAGUCCAGGAGGUUGAUUUGAGCAGCUUCUUACUGUUCAAAUCAACUUUCUGAGCUUUCUCAAAACUCGAGAGGUUUUUCAUUCUUAAAUUACAUAAAUAAUCUAGUCAGAUCAACCAGAUCCUUCAGCUCUAUAAUCCUACAACCAUCAUCUUUACCAACAACAAAUUUGGAUAAAGUCUGCAGACUAGUCAGGUUACUUAUCCCAUGAGGUAUAGAAUCCAGUUGUCCAAUAAUGUAAAAAAACAAGAGGUGUCAAACUGGUGAGUUUCCCAAUCUUUUUGGGCAACCCAUCUAGCUUAAAACAAUUCUUUAACCUUAGAGUUUGCAAACUAGAAAAACUAUCAAUUGAAUAAGGCAAUCUUUUGAUGGGCGUAUAGGAGAGAUCAAGAUAUCGAACCAACUCCAAGUUCCCAAAGGAAUUAGGCAGUUUCGAAAUAUGACUUCUACUGAAAUUUAAUGCCCUCAAAUGCUUAAGUCUCAAGAAAAGAUCAUGCAGUACUUGAUCAACAUAAAACCCAGGUGUGGGAGUAACGAACAGGAUUUCUAGAUCUCGAAAUCUUUCCAAGGACUCAAAACCAACAUGUUUGAUGCUUUUAGCAUCUAUGGACAAAUGCUUAACAUCGUUGGGGACACUAUCAAAGACUCUGGUUGAUUUUAGACAGGAAAGUGCAAAAAGAACCCACAGCUGUAAGGAACAACAACUUGAUCAGAUAGCAAUGAAUCAAACACUUAAUCUUCCACCUGUCUAGAAAAAGAGGUAAAUAGGGUUUUAUAAUAAAAUAUAAAUAAAUACACUAAAACAUAAUAUAUAAACUUCAAAAUAUCAUCCAAAUUAAAAGAACUACACAACCACAACAUUAUAAUCUCAUCCAAAUACAAAUUCAAGAGUGAAAUAAUAAAAGAAAUAAUCAAUCAUGAAAUGCCAACAUCAAUUGAAUUAACGCAUACCAUUCCCUCUUUUCUCGUCUCUCCCUCUGGUAUUCCUCUUUUCCUCUCUUCUGUUGCCUUGGAAUUUGGGUUCUUAGGGUUUUGUGGGCAUGUUUGUUUGUUUGGUUGUUCUUGUAGAUUAGCAUAGCAUAUACUUUGGAAUUUGUGAAUGGAUAUGGCUUGAAAAAGUUGGAGAUAUGCGUAGCUCUGUAAUUGCCUUUUUUCUUUUUCUAUUGCUUGCUGCGAUAUUUCUUUUAUUUUUAUUCAAUUUUGUUAGAGUAAAUGUUUCGAAUCAAUUUCAGUGAAAAUUUUAAAAUUAGCACUGAAGUAAAGUAAAUUAGUUUUGAUCUACAAGUUAUGCAUAGCCCUCUUCUCUACGUUGUUCUACUUUUCUUCUCACUUAGGUAAACUACAUAACUGUCAUUGGUCUUCUGUAUUCUGCUGAUUAAUAUAUCUGGAAUUUUCUCUGUAUUCAUUUUUCUGUGGCUUAAUCUGUAAUUCUGUAUAAUCAAAUUAUAACAAAAUAGAAUUAGAAUCACUCUUGCAUAAAUAGUGACAGGAGCAUUAUGGAUUUGCUACGUCAUUCGGAACUUGAUUUGUGUAGCGCACACACAUCACAUGAGGAAUAAAAAUUACUGUCUCUUUGAACUAUUGAUAGUGGCUACUUAUUUCUGGUUAACCUUUAAUCAGGUUUGGGUUUUAAAAAAACCUUAACAACUUUGCUGCAUUUAAUCCUUUAUUCAUUUAUCUACCUAAAUGUAAGUUUUUGUUAAUUGAUUUUGUGUCUCAAUAGCUGUUUUGUGUUGUGUAGCAUAAUCAUAUUCUUAAUUCUUUGUCUUUGUAUUUAUGUUUCUGUUAUCAAUCAUAUGUGCCUUUAGUUGCAAAUGUGAAUUUGGUUUCUUUGCAUUUAUGUGAAUUCUGCAACUUUUUAUCUUCAGGGUUUUGACAUGUAAAUCUGCAAGCUUGAAAACACAAGAGAGAGUGUGAAUAAACUAUGAUUUCUUACCUUACUGAUUGUAUAAGCCCCAAAGUGGCAUCAUGUCUGGGGAGCCAGAUUUAAGCACAUAAUAGAAGCUGGAGAAGUGUUUUCAUAUGAUAGAUUUGAGAUCUGAGGUAACAUUUGAAGAAAAUUAGGUAGCUUCUUGUGAUGGAUCAUCACUUGGCUAGUGAUUCUCCGCAGGUUCGUCCUAGAUGGAGGAAAGUAGCAUAUGGCGGUAUGCAACCUGGUUUUGAUGACAAUCAUACCGAUGAAUCUUUCCUUGAAGGAAUGGUCAUGAAUGCCAAUGUUGUAAGAAGGGACAUGCUAAAGGUGAUGUUAGACUCUGUUUCCAUUUCUGAAUACUUAUGCAUUGUAGCUCUUGUUGUCUUAGUAUGGACCUACACACUAGAAUCAACCAUUGAUGAGAAUUGUCUUCUGUGCAUAGAUGUUAGUCUUCUUGUUUCGGGUUUCUUGAUUCUCCUUUUCACUCAGGAAAAGAUUUCCCUUAGCAUCCUUGUUCAUCAUUAUUUCCUCAAUAUCUCGUUUUUCAUAAUGGGAUUGUAUGUUUUGGCUCCCAUCUACCAAACCCUUACAAGAUCCAUCAGUUCUGAUUCCAUUUGGGCGUUAACCGUAUCGCUCCUCGUGAUUCACCUUUUUCUGCAUGACUAUUCGGAAUCAACUGUCAAUGCACCGGGGGCUCUCAAAAAUCCUGCAUUGACCAGUUGCAUCUCUGUAAAUGCUUCUGUAGUUGCCUCUGUAUUCAUUGCUUCUCGCCUUCCGUCGAGACUACAUGUUUUUGCCAUCAUGCUAUUCUCCUUGCAAGUUUUCCUAUUUGGUCCCCUGGUUACUUACUGCAUUAAGAAAUAUUCGUUCCGUUUACACCUGUGUUUUUCUAUCAGUUUGAUGGUUGUGACAUUAAGUUUCGUGUACAUGCUGCAUUGCUUACUUUUCGUGUUGUUGCUUAGUUUGCUGGUUUUUGUCAAUGUGGUCUGCCCUUAUUGGCUUAUACGGAUCCAGGAGUACAAGUUUGAGAUCAAUGGACCUUGGGAUGAGGCUAAGCUUUGUUUUGCUAUUACAGAUUGAGAUAAAAACAAAGCAAUUUUGAGUAGCUUUCUGGGGUUCAUGUGAAUGUAAUCUUCUUAUUUGCUGAUUAUGGUCCUAGAUGCAAAUUUUGUAAUGCAUGGGGCCAUGGAGUUACCCUAAGAUUUUUGUAUCUUUCAUAAUUACAGAAGGAAAGUAUAGUGAAAGUUUUAUGUGAACAAGUUUUUGAAAAUUAGUUUCACCAAAUUUGAGUUAUGGUGCCUUACCCUAGCUUUUAACGGAUUGUUAUUGAUAAUGCAAGUUUAUAUUAAUAUAACUUGGUCCCUUUCCAAAGAUUCACUUGAUCUGGUUUAAUACUCAUAAGGUACUUAUUCCUUCCAUUCAUGGAGUUUCUAAUGGUAUAUGGUCACCAACCGGACAUGGUUGACCUUAUUACAAAAUCAUGGAUUAGAAAUUGACAAUGCUCUUCUCUCUAAAGCUUUCAACGGUUUCUUUGAUGCUUACUUCCAAGGGUUUGAAUUCAAUUCCCAAACUCUUUGCCUUCUCUUUAGAAAUCUGAUAUGUUGGCACAUAGGGCCCAUCAUCCUCGCACCUAUUAGAUUAAAAAAUAAAAGAGUUCAAAGUGAAAUGUAAUUAGAAAAAGGAUAAAGUAUUAUUUUAGUUCUUAAUAUUUGAGUCAAAUUCUAAUUCAGUAUUUAAGGUUUUAAACAUCUUAUUUUAGUUGUAAAAAG